UAGAGAUUGUUUAUUUCGGGUCGGCAAGACAAUCGUAUCAGCUGUCAUUGACAUACCUAGCUACCUACCUAAUUCCUGUAAGCUUGUGCGUAUUUUACAAUAAUCUUCGGCUCGUGUAAAGAAUGUACAUGCCUAGGACGUCUUUAAGUGGUCAAUUACAAUAAGAAGAAUGGUCAAAUAGUAGGAAUUAGACUGACACCAGUUUGCAGUAGUAAAUUCUUCAGACAGUGUACGCUACGGAAAAUUAAUAAGAGAUGGAUAGUAUUAUGCGUCAGGUGCGAGUUUGCAUCAUUGGUGCAGGUGUUGCAGGACUAGGGGCCGCCCAAAAGUUGGUUGAGGCUGGGAUUAAGGACAUAGUUGUGUUGGAAGCACAGGGUCGCAUUGGUGGCAGGGUUCACACUGUCCCACAUGGUGAUUACCAUCUUGAAUUUGGGGCCCAUUGGAUCCAUGGGGAAGAAGGGAACGUGGUGUUUGAAUGGGCAUCUGAAAAUGGGUUAACAGAAGAUGCCAUGUCUCUUACUCAAACAGGUGGAAUUGAAAAGGGCAAAGGACCUGCCCGGAAGAAACUUAUAAGAGAUAAAAUGCUAGCCAUGAUGAGUGAAUCGGAGGGAAGGAUAGUUGCAAAACUUGAUGGUAUAGGAGAGACCAUGUUUGUACGUCCCAGUGGAGAGGUCGUUAGCGGGGAAGUUGUGGAUGAAUUUCGCCUGGCCAGAGACAACAUUGAAGAAGACUCACAGAGCAUCGCUUCUUUUCCAAAAUCCUUCGGAGAAUAUUUUUUAGAACGUUUCAGGAAAGUCAACAGUUGGGGUCAAUUAGGAGAAGAGUUAGCAGACUGGCAAGGGCGGUUCCAAAAUUGCAUCGAUGGAACCGACACUUGGUUCCAGGCUUCAGCCAAAGGACAUAGCAUGUAUGUUGAGUGUCCGGGGAAUCCAGUAGUAAACUGGAAAAAAGGUGGAUAUCAGAACCUAUUGAAUCACUUAAAGGGAAGUUUAUCGCCAUCUCAGUUGCUUCUUGAGACUCCUGUCAUGUGUAUAGAUUGGGAUGUGACGUUAUCAGACUCCAGUAAAGGAUGUAUUGUUCAUUUAGAGUCUGGUGGGACCAUCCAAGCAAAUCAUGUCAUCUUUACGCCUUCUCUUGCUGUGUUGAAGGCGUGUGCUAAAGAUCUCUUCAGUCCCCUUCUUCCUGCCAAUAAGCUGAGGGCCAUCGAAGGCUUAGGAAUUGGAUGUGUCAAUAAAAUCUAUUUGAAAUUUGCAAAGCAGUGGUGGCCAGAAGACUGUGAUGGUUUUAGUUUAUUGAGGGACCUGAAUGAUGUUCCAGCUAAAACAACAAGGGAAAACUGGGAAGAAGCAUUAGUUGGAUUUUACGAAGUUGUCAAGCAACCAAAUAUGCUUUGUGCGUGGAUCUGUGGAGAAGCUGCAAGACAAAUGGAGAAAACUUCAGAAGAAAUGGUUUCUGGACGUUGCAUAGCCUUGUUGCGCAAGUAUUUGGGUUCGCAGUUCGAUAUUCCCGAUGCUGUUUGGUGCAAAAGAUCAACGUGGUACUCCAAUCCGUGGACUAGAGGCUCUUACAGCUUUCGUAGUAUGGACUCUGAAGCCUUAGAUGUUUAUGCUGCUGACUUAGCAAAGCCACUGGUUGAUCCAGCCAGUGGGAAACCACUUGUUUGUUUUGCUGGGGAAGCAACACACGAUUGCUAUUAUUCUACAGUGCAUGGUGCUUUGGAAAGUGGAUGGAGAGAAGCCAAGAGGCUUUCACACUACUUUGAGAGUUCUCAGAAGGCACCAGCACCCAGGAAUAUAACUUCAAAAGAAAGAACCAAAUACCAAGUCAUCAUUAUUGGAUGUGGCGCAGCAGGUAUUGGGGCAGCGAGAGAGCUCACAUCACAUGGCAUUCAUUCUGUUCUUAUAUUGGAAGGAAGUGGUAGAGUUGGUGGCCGAAUUAACACGAUCAAAACCAGUGAGUCCAGACAUUUAGACUUAGGAGCCCAGUGGAUCCACGGAGAAGUUAACAACCCAAUACAUGAAUAUGCCAAGUCAAGAAAUCUGUUAUAUGAUUUUGUUUCUGGAGAUGGGGAAGGGGAUUUUUAUACAGAAAACGGUGACCUUAUCCCAGCUGAUCUCGUUGAAGAAGUUAUGUCUGUCAUGGAUGAAGCUAAUGAAAGUUUACAGAUUAUGUCCAGAGCCCCUCUUACUCUUUCAGUAGGAACGUAUUUUAAAGUAGCUUUCAAGAAAUAUGUCGCCUCCUGUAAACACAAUUCUCCAGAGAUGGCCAGACUAAAGGAAGCCCUGUAUGAAUGGUACAUGAGGUGGCAGAGGGUAGAUAAUGCAUGUGACUGCCUGCCAAAAUUGUCAGCGCACUGCUGGGGAAGAUAUGUAUUUUGUGAGGGAAAGGAGAAUAUGAAUCCAAAGAAUGGUUUUCUCUCUAUCAUUGAUGCAAUUCUCAGGGAGACCAAGGCUGAUAUUAUGCUAAACAGCGAAGUUACCAGUAUUGAUUAUGUUAACACACUUCAAGUGAAGAGCAAUAGAUUUGUCCGUGAAGACGGUGUCACAUUGCCUGUUAUUGUAAGGUGCAGCAACGGAAGAGAGUAUGAAGCAGAACACAUCAUAGUUACACCUUCCAUUGGGUACUUAAAGGAGCAUCUUCAUAUGUUUUCACCUGGUCUACCAAAUGAUCUUCAAAAGACUAUUCUCUCCACUGGAUUUGGAACUAUAGACAAGAUAUUUUUAGAAUUUGACGAACCAUUCUGGUCACAGGAUUGCAAAGGAAUACAGCUAGUAUGGAAAAACAGAGUGCCUAAUUAUGGUCAAGUACAAAAUCCUAGUAACAGUAAAGAGUUAAAGAAGAACUGGUUUCAAGGCAUUACUGGAUUUGAUCCAGUCCAGCACCAGAGAGCAAUGCUUUGUGGAUGGAUAGGUGGAGCAGAAGCAGAGUACAUGGAGACACUUGCUGAGGAGAUAGUGGGCCAGGCCUGUGUCAAGCUCCUUAGGCAGUUCUUGCAUAGAGAAGAUAUUCCAUACCCAAAGAAAGUUUAUAGGACACAGUGGGCAACCAGCAAGUUUUUCCGUGGAUCUUACUCGCAUCAUUCUGUGCCCUGUGAAUGCAGAAUGGGACAGCCAGGUGAAAGUCCUUUAAAUGAACCUGUGUGUGCUACAAGUAACACUGGAGAUAAGGUACCUUUGAUAGUAUUAGCUGGUGAGGCCAAUAGCGUUGCGUUCUAUUCCACAGUGCAUGGAGCCUUUCAGAAUGGCAUGAGCCAAGUCUCACAUUAUUUGAAGGCUUUAUCAAGAUUGAAUGGAGGAUUAAACGGUAUUAAAAGCAAGAUGUAAGACCAGGGUGGUACGGUGUCUACUCUAGUCUGCAAGGUUCCAAAGACUAGAUGAUAAGUCUGGUGCACUUGAUGCUGUAGAAGAUUAGAGGUUGUUAAACUCUUUUUGGUAACUUUUGUUGUAUUACCUACAUGUUUGUUUCAAACUAAAUUGAGGGAUAUUGUUUUCAUAUUAAUCUUGAACAUAUAGAUAGGGCAAACAAACCAGUGUUAGACAAUUAAUUAAACUAAGCAAAGCUGGUGUUGUAUUGGUGAGAGUUCUUCAAAGAGUUCCCACUUCAUGACUCAUGAAGGGGGUAUGUAGUAGUUUAUCAGUUGUCCUCAUUAAAUAACCCCAAUUUCCAUAGUUUUUGUAGAUUAGUUAAUGAUCAGUGGUAACGUUACAAUGGUGGUGUCAGGUUUAGCUUGUGAUCGUCAUCAAAAGUUUUUGUAAUGGUGCAACUGAAAGUUUAUGUGACCAGUUGAUUUAUCUGUUCAUACUUGUGGUAACCAAUCUUAUUUUUUUUAUUUGUGCAUUAGAACUGUGGUUCUCACUGAUCUAGUUUAAUUAGCACUCAUCACAAGUUUGUUUUAGUAUAUGAUCUUAUGUUUUUGGGAGUGAGACAGGAAGGUCUCUUAGUGUGGAAAAUAUACUACAUAUCUUUGACAUCUCUCAUGUUAGUGAUUUUUUUCUCUCACUUUGCCUGCUGCAACCAGACAGUAAAAGAUUAAUAAGAUACAUACAUUAUAU